AUGCUCCACCAUCUGAACUUCGAGUCAACAGCGAGAGGGAGAUCAACUUUUUUUUUUUUUUUAAUUCCUUCUUUGUUCUCUUCUGUCAUCAAUCUUCCACAUUCUUUCUUUCUUGUCGUUUUCCCUCAUCCCCCUUUCACAAUCUUUCUUCUUUUCUUUGUUGUUCUUUACUCUCACCCCACUUUUCCCUCUCUUUCUCUCUUUGUUGUUCUCUUCUCUCAUUCCCUAUUUUACAUUUCUUUCUCUCUUUUUUCUCUUCUCUUCUCCUUUAUCACUGAAUGGAACAGUGCCGGCCACCUGAAGAAUGCGUGCAUAGCACACAGGAAACUGACGGUCGUGGUUGUAGUUCUUUUUUUUCUUGGUCUUUUUAAAGAGUCCUCCCUCUCUCUCUCUCUCUCUCUUAUUUCGUUUCACUUUUUCUUUUUCUUUUUUAUUGUUCGCUUCUCCCCUCACCCUUUCAUAAUCUAUUUUUCUUUUUUCUUUCUUUCUUUCUUUUUUCUUGUUCGCUUCUCUCAUCACACUUUCAUCAUCUCUUCUUUCUUAACUGUUCUUGCCUCUCACUCUCUUCAUAAUCUCUUUCUUUUUUUGUUCUCUUCUCUCAUCACUUUCAUUAACGCUUCCUUCUUUCUUUGUUGCCCAUUUAUCAACUUCAUCAUCAAUUUUUUCUUUAUUUUCUUUGUUACUCUCUUUUCUCAUUACUCUUUCAUAAUCUCUUUCUUUCUUUAUUGUCUUUAUCAUCCGCUGUUUUUUUCAUCUUCUGUUUCUUCUUUGUUCUCGUCUCUCAUCACUUUCAUCGCCCAUUUUUUUAUUUUCCUCUUUAAUUACUUUCACAUGCUUGCUUUUCUUUUCUCUUCGCUCAUCACUUUUCAUUUUGUCUUUUUUUUUCAUCAUUUUAUUGUGUCUCUUAUCGCUCUUUCAUCCUCAUCUCUCUUUCUUUUUCUUUUUCCUCUUAUCGCUUUCAUUUUCCUUUCUUUCCCUCUCCCCUUAUCGCUCUCAUUUUCUUUCUUUCGUUAUUUUCUUUUUCUCAUUUUAUUUCUUUCAUUUUUUCUUUCUUGUUCUCUUCUUUAUUACUUUCUUUCGCUUUCCUUUCUUAUUAGUUUUUUUCUUUCUUUGUUCAUCUUGCAAAUUACCUUUUUUUUUACUUCCUUCUUCUCCUCUGUCAUUUCAUCUUUCUUUAAGCUUUUGUUCUCUUCUCUUAUUCUUUCUUUCUUUCUUUUUAUUCAUAGAUCUUUUCUUGUUCUCUUUCUUACGCUUUUGCCCGUUUUCUUUUUUUCCUCACUCUCUCCUUAUAAUCUUUUUCUUAUCUUUUUUCCGUUUGUUCUUUUCCACCCCUUCUAA